AUGGCUUUAUUAGGAGAACUUCGGAAAGGAAAGGGAGGCGGCGACUGGUCUCUCACCUGCAGCUAUCUGGAAAGUAUCCUGUCGCUCAUUAAGACUACGACGGUUGGGAAGUGCCAGAGCAUAGUCGUGCAUCAGGAAGUUGCUCGCAUGUGGGAGUCCUUUAGAGAAAUGACCUCCACACACAAUGUGAUCUUCGAAUCAUCAGAAGGGGACGUGUCGGCCCAUGACCAAGUACUCAUGAUAUCUUCGCCGGUUUUGAAGGCCAUGCUCGAAACCAGCAUGAAGGAGGGCUCGUGCCGGCGUAUUGAUAUCAAAGACUCGUCGAGCCGUGGAAUUUCCUUGUUCCUCGAUCUGCUCUACACAAGUUCAUCAGCCAUCGCGGAUCUCGAUUACAAGACCAUGCUCGUUGCAUUGGAUCUGGCACAUCGCUGGCAAGUGCAACACAUCGUUGACAUGCUCACGAACUCUUUGCAGCAGGAGAUCAAUGAAGGCAGCUUUGGGGAGAUUGCGGAAUCCGCCACUCUCAAAAGCAUCGAACCCCUAAAGAAAGCCUGCGUCACCUUCGGCUCGAAGAAUGCCGAUGUUCAGUCCAUGCUUCAGAAGAACAGUUUUCCACCGGCUGUUGCGAAGCUGAUGGGUAUGUCUGAGGCAGAAAGGACCGCGGCAACCACUUCCAAGCGCAGAAGGUUCUCUUGCUACCUGACGCGCCCGAAGCCGUUCAUCCCGGUCCUCGGCAAGCCGAUGAUCAGCUGGGUGGUGGACAACUUGUCGCUGCAAGCAGACGACUCGCUCAUUAUCAUCUUCAACCCCAGCUGGAUGAGCAUGAAGAACUUCAUGCAAGAGAUACUUGCGGACAAGGAUUCCCGGAUCAGGCUGGUGGAGUUGCCCGGUCCUACCCGCGGUGCUGCAGAGACGGUGCUGAUCGGGCUUCAAGCGUUGCCGCAGGAGCUUCGAACACGACCUACUUUGCUGGCAGAUGGAGAUACAUUCUACACCUCGGACGUCGUCGGCCAGUUUCGAAAGAUCGCCGCGACGCAUAACGCCGUUUUCUGCUUUCAUGACACCCAGCCGAAGCCCAUCUACAGUUAUAUCACCAUGGAUGAUGCAGACAACAUCAAAGAAGUGAAGGAGAAAGUGAAAAUCAGUGACUGGGCCAACACAGGCUGCUACUGCUUCCGAGACGGUGCGGAGCUGGCCAAAGAGUGUGAGGCGUUGAUCAAGCGAGGCGAGACGCAGCUUAGUCAGGAUCAGAAAGGCGAGUUCUAUACUUCUGGUGUUAUCGCGGCCAUGAUUAGCCGUGGAGCUCCUUUCAAGGGCAUCAAGCUGUACCGCAACGACUUUCACGUGCUCGGAACGCCCACGCAGGUGAUGGCGACCUGGCGGGACUUCAGGGAGGGCGAAGCUCGGGUCAAGAUUCUCAACUGGAUGGUCGAAGGAGGAGCGAAUCCGCUCCAAAAGCACCCGUCUACUGCAGCAGGAUCCUUUUCCAUUUGUUUCGAGAGCGAUAUGGAGGGUACGAAAAUCAGCAUUCCGUACGCGGGGCAUUGUGCUACUACAUUCGCGUGUGCUGUGAUGAGGGCACUGCAAAGCUCACACCGUGCAGAAGCCUUCUCCCCUAGAAUCCAAGUGUUCCGAAGAUUUGUGACAGAAUUGACCAAAGGCCCAGCAAAGAUUGCGCAAAGCAACAUUUCAGUUCCUCAGAGUGUCGUCGACACGUGGGAGGCCGUACGCGAGAUGACUUCCACACACAACGUAGUCUUUCAAACAGCAGAUGGUGAGGUGUCGGCACACGACUUCAUUCUUGUGACAACCUCACCUGUUCUGAGGGCUAUGCUGGAUUCCACUAUGAAAGAAGGCCUGAGCAAACGGAUUCCUGUCAAAGACUCCUCGGGUUCUGGCGUGCGGUUGUUCGUUGAUCUGCUAUACACGAGCUCCACUGGCGAAGACCCGAACUACGAGACAAUGCUCGUUGCCUUGGACUUGGCCCAUCGCUGGCAGGUGAACGGUGUAGUGUCAGUGCUUGCGGGGAUGCUGUCGGAGAUGAUUGCCGUCAACAGUUUUUGCGCGAUCGCAGAAGCUGCAAUGCUCAAGGGCUUGGAGCCACUGCAGCGGGCUUGCAGGACCUUCGGAGCCAGUAACGCUAAGGUCAAAACCAUGCUGAAGAAGGGCACUCUUCCUGCAGAGGUGCGAAAGCUGCUAGGAGAGCCUGAGGCCUCUGAAGCAGAGCCGGGACAGCGCAAAAAGCGGCGGACUUUCGCUGCGCGCUGA